UUAAACAAUUUUAGUAAUGAUUAUUAUUCUAUGAAUAACAGUUCUAAUAGUAAAUAUAGUAGUACUAAUUUUGAAGAUUUAGAAGAAAUUAAAAACCAAAAUAAUUUAUUAGAGUUGAAAAUUAAGCUUGUUUUUGAAAAUUUUAAAGAAUUUAAUGUCUGA